CCACAGUGUCUUUUGACAUACAUGCGUGUCCACAGUUGGUUGACUUCCCUUUGUCUGCAUGCCGACUUCGCCAUUAACGUCUCUAGGAGAUGGAUACAUGAAUGAAUCGAAUACACGUACGCAUCGAUGGCGCGUAGAGCCGCUUAGGCCCCCCCUCCCUCCCACCAAUAAGAUAAAGUACCCCACCCCACACAGUGGAUAAACAUACUCACCGAGGGGAAGCAUGAUUCAGUAGAUAGAUACGCGCUGAAUAAGGCAGAUAGAUAGCCAAGCUAGAGAAGAAAGCGCCUAUUCCUUUUCUGUUGCCGCUUUGGGGUCGCCGUCCGCCACUUCGGCUGGUCUCGUUGGCACCAAUUUCUCCUCGAUGACGGUCUUUAGCUGAUUGAGUUCCUCUUCCAGUCUCUGCAUGACCCACCCAAAGAGGGGAAGGGAAGGGGGUUUGGGAGCCUGCAGGCUGUCGACCCUUGGGGCUCACCUUUCGCUUCUGUCUCUCUUCUUCCAACUCCUGGCGCAAGGCAGCCAUGGACGACUGUCUGCAGUGCAGAAAGGGUGAAGUAAGUUGUGCACCGACAGCAGUGCCAAGGCUGCCCCUCACCUUCUAGACGAGACGUUGCUGCUCUGCUCCCCAGAAGUCACUGAUGAGGCCGUCCGGGCGUGCCGGUUGACGCUCGAGGGCGUCUUCGGCUUGUCCUCUUGGGGGACAGAGAAACUCGUGACUUCGAAGGGAUUCAACGUGCUGCCGCGAAAGCCCAUAAAGCUGCUCCCCUCACUGAAACGGCAGAGCAACAUCAGAGGCAGAACAGGCAGUGGUCUGUGAUGUGUCGCGGUCGCCUACUUUCUUCCCACAGGAUGGCUCAGCCGAUGCAACAGUGCGGUCUCCUCUCGCAUGAUUCUUCGUCGCCACUGCUGAGCAAGCUGUGUGGGGUCCCAAGUCAUCGCGAGGAACUCUAUGCUCCAACUUAGUAGUAAC